AUGCAAUUUACUUAUACUCUGUUUGUUUUUGCGGCUGCUGCUACAGCAAGUAACUUGCAACUACGACCCGAGGGGCGAGAUUCAUUCUCCGUGCCCACCUCAGAAAAUGUUGUUCGUCACGAAGGAGAAGAAGACGGUGGAGUAUCUAGUAGUGUGGUUGGUCUAGCUACCAAAACAGUGACUAUGCACCACACAAUGCAUCACACAAUGCAUCACACCAAGAACUGUUCCUCAGUAUCCUCUCCUACGCCCACCCCAUCCUCACCCAUUCUCACCACAAUAACCCAACAUCCAGCAACUCGCACUACCUCGAUUACCUCAACACCCUCUGCCAUCCUCUCAUCCCGAGACAACGAACCAAGCACCACCACCCCCGUAUCCGAAACCUUCCUAGGCAUCCCGAAAGCUGCGGCUAUUGGCACCUUCGUUGGAAUGAUCUUACUCAUUGUCCUGCUCCUCGCUGCUUUGAUCUACUGUGCUGUCUUGCAGCGUCGGAAGAAGAAGGAGCUGGAGCAUUUGGGCGUGGAGCUAAGGGCGUUGAAGGGGGAUGGAGGGAGGGGGAGGGCGAGGUAUGUUGUUCCUUGAUGUUGAGAAGCGGAGAUGAUGGUAUCUUAACGACAGUUAGGAAAGGUUGA